UCCGGCUCCGACUCGGACUCCGAGGAGGAGAAGCUCCCUGAGGAAGUGAAUAUUGAAUUUGAAGCACAUUCAAUAUCAGAUAAUGACUGUAAUGGUAUAAAGAAAUUACUGCAACAGCUGUUUCUAAAGGCUCCUGUUAACACCGCUGAGCUGGCUGAUAUAUUGAUACAACAGAAUCCCAUUGGGAGUGUUAUCAAGCAAACUGAAGUUCAAGAUGACAGUGAUGAUGAUGAUGGUGAUGAAGAUGAGGUAUUCGGCUUUAUAAGCCUCUUAAACUUAACUGAAAGGAAGGGUAUGCAGUGUGCUGAACAAAUUAAAGAGCUGAUUCUAAGUCGGUGUGAGAAGAACUGUGAACAGAGUAUGGUUGAACAGCUGGAUAAGCUCCUAAAUGACACCACUAAGCCUGUGGGCUUCCUGCUAAGUGAAAGAUUCAUUAAUGUACCACCACAGAUUGCUCUGCCCAUGCACCAGCAGCUUCAGAAAGAAUUAGCUGAAACACAGAAAACAAAUAAGCCUUGUGGAAAGUGUUACUACUACCUUAUGAUCAGCAAGACCUUUACAGAGGCAACCAAAAGCAAUUCUAAGAGGAGAGGGAACACGCAGCGAAAAGAGGAAUUAAUGUUUGCAAAUGCAGAGGAAGAAUUUUUUUAUGAGAAAGCUCAUCUGAAGUUCAGCUAUUCUGUGCAAGAAGAGAGCGACACGUGUUUGGGAGGCAGAUGGUCUUUUGAUGAUGUGCCAAUGAAACCUUUGAGGACUGUUAUGUUAAUUCCAGCUGAUAGGAUGAACGCAAUCAUGGAUAAACUCAAAGAAUAUCUCUCAGUCUAAACAGUUUCCUAUGAACAAUAUUUUUAAUAGCAAGUGUACAAAAUUAUAAGAUUUUUGAAUAGCUUCAGAAAAGUUCUUUGAUGUCAACAGUUUUGUAUUCCUCACUUACUUUGUAUAUUUUAAUUUGAUAUUUUAAAACUCCAUGUCCUAAUGGACUUUGUCACGAUGAAGCAUGCAAUAAAAAAGCCCUACAUCUGUAAACUUC